CGAUACUGGAGUUUCACUUUCGAGUCUGCGAGUAUAUAAAUGGGAUUCUCCAUUCCUUUGUUCAGAGAAGUCUGUUCUUGAUGAAACACAGCUGACUGUGAAUCACCAUCAUUGUUUCAGAACUGAAAACUUCCUUUGAAGUCACAGUGUGUUGCAGAUGGACUAUUACAUUCCUGCAAAAGACAUACAGCUCAUAACAGCUGACAUCAAGCCUAGGCAAGUGACUGAAGUUGAUCCAUUAAAUGGCAAUGUCCAUGUAAAGAAUUUUCUUCGCAAUUUCGAAAAAUAUAUUCCACAAAUGGCAAUUUACCUCAAGGAGCUACAUGACAUAGCCAAUAGUGUCGACACGUGUAAGAGAGAUGUGAACAUUGCCAAUGUCGCUGGGGCAUCUGCAAGUAUUACAGGAGGACUUCUGGCCAUUGGUGGAUUAAUUGCUUCUCCUUUUACUUUUGGUGCUUCUUUGGCUCUCACUGGGGUGGGAAUUGGGCUGGGUGCAGCUGGUGGUGUCACUAACAUUGGAGCAUCUAUUACUGAUCAUGUUGUUCAAAACAUGAAAAGUGACAGGAUGAAAGAAAUCAUAGACCUCUAUAAAGAAGACAGCAAAAUCAUUGCAGAGAGCUUGUGUCAGUUACAGCAGAGUAUUGAAGUAUCAAUUAGAAUGAGAGAGGAAACUAUAUCAAGAAGCUCAGUGAUUGGUGCAACUCAGGCUAUUUCUAAAAGCUUGAAUCCUGUUCUUGUUGUGACUUCACGUGUGACCGGAAAUGCUUUAAAAGCAGCUAAAGCUUUGUCAGGAGUUCUGUCAGGAGUCCUUGUGGUAUGGGAUAUGUAUUGUUUGGUGAAAGAUGCAAAGGACCUUCAAGAAGGAAGUAAGACUGAACUUGCUCAGGAAAUAAGGAAAGCAGCUGAUGCUAUGGAGAAGGAAAUAGAGGAAUAUAGAAAGGUUUAUCGUGAAAUAAUGGAUAUUCGCUAUUGAACAAAUGCUAACUGAUUGGUGAAAUUUUAAACUGCCAAUGUUUGUAACAUCUUUCCCCAAAUCAUUCAAAGCAUUUCCUAUUCUUUGAAAAUUACUAUUCUGAUACUUGUUAAUUCAGUUUUGUGUUCUGAUGAGGAUUAGUCUAGUGGAGAGUUGGAUUGAAAUAAAGUUGGACUCUUUCAAAGCUCUAGCUUGCACAAACCCUUCUGAAGAUUUGCUAUUGUGCCCACUGCAUUAAUUGUAUUAUCAGAAAAGGUUUCAAAUUAAAAUCUUCAUGUUUGUGUCUCAA